AUGAGGAUGAGACACAUUAAAGCUCAGGGAUGUAACUUGAUGGUAAAUCUAACCCUAACUGAAAAUUCACCCCCUCAUCACUCCCUCACCACUCCCUCAUCACCCCCUCAUCACUCCCUCACCACUCCUUCAUCACCCCCUCAUCAACCCCUCAUCACUCCCUCACCACUCCUUCAUCACCCCCUCAUCAACCCCUUAUCACUCCCUCACCACUCCCUCACCACUCCUUCAUCACUCCCUCAUCACCCCCUCACCACUCCCUCACCACUCCUUUAUCACCCCCUCAUCACCCCCUCACCACUCCCUCCUCACCCCCUCAUCACUCCCUCAUCACCCCCUCACCACUCCCUCACCACUCCCUCAUCACCCCCUCAUCACUCCCUCACCACUCCUUCAUCACCCCCUCAUCAACCCCUCAUCACUCCCUCACCACUCCUUCAUCACCCCCUCAUCAACCCCUUAUCACUCCCUCACCACUCCCUCACCACUCCUUCAUCACUCCCUCAUCACCCCCUCACCACUCCCUCACCACUCCUUUAUCACCCCCUCACCACUCCCUCCUCACCCCCUCAUCACCCCCUCAUCACUCCCUCAUCACCCCCUCACCACUCCCUCACCACUCCAUCACCCCCUCACCACUCCCUCACCACUCCUUCAUCACUCCCUCAUCACCCCCUCACCACCCCCUCACCACUCCCUCAUCACCCCCUCAUCACCCCCUCACCACUCCCUCAUCACCCCCUCACCACUCCCUCACCACUCCUUCAUCACCCCCUCACCACUCCUUCAUCACUCCCUCAUCACCCCCUCACCACUCCCUCACCACUCCUUCAUCACCCCCUCACCACUCCCUCACCACUCCUUCAUCACUCCCUCAUCACCCCCUCACCACCCCCUCACCACUCCCUCAUCACCCCUCUCAUCACCCCCUCAUCACCCCCUCACCACUCCUUCAUCACUCCCUCAUCACCCCCUCACCACUCCCUCAUCACCCCCUCACCACUCCCUCACCACUCCUUCAUCACCCCCUCACCACUCCCUCACCACUCCUUCAUCACUCCCUCACCACCCCCUCACCACUCCCUCAUCACCCCCUCAUCACCCCCUCAUCACCCCCUCACCACUCCUUCAUCACUCCCUCAUCACCCCCUCACCACUCCCUCAUCACUCCCUCAUCACCCCCUCACCACUCCCUCACCACUCCUUCAUCACCCCCUCAUCACCUCAUCACAUGGAGAUGAGAACGAAGGCGGUGAGGCUGCUGUCAGAGUCCUGCCCCCCCACCAUCUCAGAGUGUAUGACCCGUCCUGCCUCAGCGAAGUGACCAUCUCGCCGCUGCUGCUGCAUCAGCCAGGCCCCCACCGUCUGAACCACCUCAGGUCCCACCGGGAAGAAGGGCUGAGCCGCAACGAAGACCCGCAGGACGAAGGCACUCAACCUGAAGACCUGAAGGUUGAGGUCUCACCCAAACACAGCUCCACAGCUCGUUAA